AGCUACUUCCGCUUUGUUGUCACUCCCCCUCCGCAGCGACUGAGGUUGACCCUGCAGCAUUCACGCUUGAAUCCACCAACUCAACUGCCACCCCGGGGGACAAUUGUCUUGUUAAUCCAGUUUGUUUACCUCGCCGGGCACACUUGCCUUGUAAAUCUUGUUUGUUUACAAGUCAAGUUAGCGCUGUUCUCGUCGUUGCUGCUGUAGGAGUGCUAGCGAGUCCGCAGCCACUGCUGGCCAUGGAGCGAGGAAGCGGGUUUUCAUUCAUGAAGUAUGGGACGGCAGCGUCCCUUGCAAUGGUUCUGCUGGCGUACUGGUUCCGACCUCCCGGGGAGUCAAGGCUGGAUGACCGUCUGGACACGGUGCUGUCCUCCCUGCUGCGGGCUGAAAGCAAAGUGGGGAUAAACAACGCCAGACCCAGGGUGGCGAUAGGUUUAGGGGGUUGUGUAGACAUCCUCGUGGACGGGGUGAGGUUGCUGAAUAAGAUCGGCCUGCCACCCACAGACCAGCCUCUCCAUCAUGACUACAUAGAGAACGCUGAUCAGCUGGCACAGAGCUUCGCUUACUUCUUCGUCCCUGGAGCCGCUGCAGAGCGGUUUGUGAUGAACAACACCCUGUUCAGUCAGCUGGUCGAGGCAUCUCGUGAGUUGCCUGGCAACCGCUGGUCUAUAGGUGGCAACGCCCCAGUGAUGGCUGGUCGAAUGGCAACUGAGGGCUGCGACGUGUUGCUAGGGGGGAGCUCCAGCCCUGACUUUGCGGAUGUACUGUCCCAGCACAUCACGGUUGCAGGUAAUGUCGUGGAGGAGCCUGAUAUCCAUCUGAUCCUGGAGUACCCAUCAGGAGCCACCUGGGGCCAGUACACCGCCCGCAGGGCCAACAGGUACAUUGUCCACAGUGAUGACCAUAACCCAUACCUGGCGUCGCUGCAGGACUUUGAGGAUAAGCUGCAGGAGUUCCACCCAGACCUGCUGGUGAUGGGCGGGCUCCAAAUGAUGGACAGCUUCCCCUUCCGACAGGGUGAGCGGAAAACUCUGCUCUCUCGGCUGGGCAAUCUCCUCUCCUCCUCCUCCCCUCGGACGGGCGUCCAUUUUGAGAUGGCCAGCUUUGUGGACGAGGGUCUAAUGGGGGACCUGCUCCUUCUGGUCCUGCCCAAUGCCGACUCCCUGGGGAUGAACGAGCAGGAGCUGCCCAACCUGCUCAGCCUGUUGAGGGGCUCUAACGUCACCGUACUGUCUGACCCCAACCCCCGCGUUGCUACCGUCCUGGACCAGAUGAGGGAGCUCUACCGCCUGGUCAACCAGCGCUACCGCAACGCUAAUGAGGAUAGCGGCGUGGACGCUAAUGCAGCUGCCGCUAAAGGCCGGCCGCUGUCCCGGCUCCACGUGCACACCCUGGCGUUCCAGGCCAUGAUCGUGACGCGCGGCUCCCAGUGGAAGAACACCAUGUCGGCCGUGGCCAAGGCCUCGCUUACAGCCAACCGCCACGUGUGUGGCUCGCCGGACAUCGACCCCAGCAAGGCGCGCCUCAUCAUGGACGAGUCAUUCUCUGUGAGCCGGCAGGAGGGCAGCCAGCGGAUCCCUCUAGAGGAGACCAGGCCCGUAAGCUGCUGGGACGAGGACGACUAUGAGAUCUGUGUGGCGCCCAACCUGGUGUGCACCGAUGUUUACCAGACUGCGGGGGGAGGGGACAACAUCUCUGCCGCAGGACUGGUGCUGCAGAUCUGAGCCGACGUUAGCGAUCAACGGCUAACUCUAGCAAAGAGAUCCCCUAACAUGUGAAGUCUUUUAUCAUUCUGGUUUUAGGUGUGUUGAUUAUUGUUUCAUGUUGUUGUUGUUGUUUUAUUGUGUUGCUGGUGCAAUGCAAACGCUGGGUACAGUGUGUCUGGCAGGGCUGAGCCUGCUCCUCCUCUCUCUGAGCAGUGUGACCUGACACAUCCACAUCCACACACACUCAUACUCUCUCUCAUUCCGUCAGAAGAUAGAGCUCAUCUCAUAAUCUCACUCAUAUCAUAUGGGAUAUAUUUCUUCAACCAGGGCCACGUUCCGUAGCCAAAUGUUGUUGAGAGUUACAGAUAGAAAUACCACGAAUAGAGCCGACGUGAUUCUAUACUUAACAUGUUAGAGGCAUAUUUGUUCUACAUCACAUAUUUCUAUCUGAAUUUCCAAAACGUUCCGUCCUGCUGAAUGCGCCCCCCAGGUGUGUGUUUUCCUCUGAUGUGUGUGUCAGGUGUGUUAAGGUCCAGACACUGAUCACACACACGUCACAUAUUCACUACCUGUAGAGCAUUACAUAUAUACAUAUCUGGUGUCAUAGCUAUUCCAUCUCGCUCCAUUCCAUUCUCUCCCAGGAUAUCCACGCACAAAACAAACAUUCCAUUUUUUUCUCAAGGGAACGUUCAAUAGUUUUUUCUCAAGGGAAAGCUUUAGUUUGAUAUCUGUGACUGUUUUCUGGUUUCAUGUUAACCUGAUUUAAAGCUGCAGACAUACGGGCCUUAUCUUGUGUGUCUAGCUAAGCAGUAGAAAAGGGAAUGAAAUGUGUUAGCUCAGUGUUGCGUGAUGAUUCUUCCUCAGUCUGGCCUGUACACAUAAUGCACUGUAAUGUUGUCUUCAUUCUGAUUCUUAUGUAAUGAUUGCUGACAACAACAGGGAGUCUUUCUCUGUUAUGUCUGUAAUGUGAAAGAUAAACUUUUUGACCCUUGACAUGAGCAUAUAUUAUUCUCAUAACCUCCUCACUCUCCGUAUACUGCCUGCAUCCUAUCAUUGAGCCAUACACACAUUAUGCGCUUAAAUUGUGUUUGAAUGAUUCUUGCAUGGGCCAUAUACAAGGCGAUUUGGUUAAAAGCAUCUGCAAAAUAAUAUUACGUUUGAUAUAUCAGUUUGUGUCAUUUAGAUAAAUUUUCUCUGCAGAACGGCCCAUAUGAUCUCUUCACCUGGGCCCAUAUUCAUAAAGCGUCUCGGGAGUAGGAGUGCUAAUCUAGGAUCAGUUGUCUUUUAGCUCAUAAGGCUAUUGAUUCAGUUUACAUGGACCGGGGUUAACCUGAUACUAGAUCAGCACUCCUACUAUGAAACUCUUGUUGAACACAGGCCCUGUUCUGAAGGGAGACUGGGUGCAUCCUAACAGUCUAAAGUGGCUUUCUCUCCUUGUUUCCUUUAAAGAACUGCAUCUAUCCCCAAUCUUAUGAGUUGAGAUGAGUGCAGAUGGAGGAGAGGAAGGAUGCCACUGUGUACUACUGAGAUGCAGCAUGAAUCCUGUAGGCUUGACAGGGUUUCUCCACUGCCCUCUUCUCAAGGCUGCAUUUAUUUCCAGACCUAACACCAUGCCACUCCAAGACGAGUCCACCCCUCUCUGAGUGACUGACCUGCAAGUGUGUGUGUGCGCGUGUUAUUUGCAACUGCUUGUACACACCCAUGUUGUGUGUGCAUAUGUAUCUGCGUGAGUGUGCAUGCUUGCAGAACAUACUUGCGUGUGAGUGAAUGUGUGUGUUGCUCUGGCCAGCUGACAUAAUUGUUGUCUCAGGGAUUAGCUGACCUGUGCUGUUAAAGAGGUGUGGAAUAUCUGGGUCCUGCUUUCUGGAGUCUCUUGGAUAGACACUUCCAGGUGUAUCACAGUACAUGGAAGGAAGGAUGGCUCAUGGCCAGGUGAAUUGUUUUGUUCUGAGUGAUUUGGGCGAAAUAAAGAAACACACAUUCCAUCCUC